AUGAAGGAACUGAUUAUUCAUGAAGGGCCGCGAGUGGAGCAGAUCAACAGCCCGAUACCAGUUCCCAAGGAUGAUGAGAUCGUGAUCGAAGUCGUUGUCGCCGGGUGCAACCCGAAGGACUACAAGACGUACUGGGUGCCCAAACCCAUCAAUCAAGGCGACGAUAUAGCGGGAGUCGUGCAUCAAGUCGGUCUCAAAGUUCUCGAAUUUCGCCCUAGCGACCGCGUCUUCGCACUCCAUCAGAUCCAGGCUCCACACGGCGCCUACGCCGAGUAUGCUGUGGCAAGCGCUGCAACAACAGCUCAUUUGCCACCAGAGACUUCAUUCGAAGAGGCGGCCACGAUACCCCUGGCAGCCAUAACGGCCGCCCUGGGGCUAUACCGAACCCUAAGCCUGCCUCCACCAUGGGCGCCACGCACGUUGCCCGGUCCGCUUUUGAUUUAUGGCGGGUCAACAGCGGUAGGGGCGUUCGCUAUCAAGCUGGCAAGGGCUGCAAAUUUGCAUCCAAUCAUGGCCGUGGCCGGUAACGGGCUUGGCCUCGUAUCAUCGCUGUUGGACUCAGCUGCAGGCGACGUGGCGCUCGACUAUCGUAACGGGCCGGAGCAGCUGCAGCGGGAUAUCGGCAAUGCGCUGACUGCAUCCCAUGUGAAGGCGGCCCAUGCCGUCUUCGACGCCGUUUCGGAAAACGCCUCGUGGGAUGCAUGCACACCGUUUUUGAUGGCUGACACACCGCUGGCUACUGUCCUCCCAUACCCUGAGACAGCACAUCUACCCGGCGGCACUGCGCAGGCACAGCUCGUUAUGUCUGGAGAUGUCCAUGAUGUGUUUGGUGUAAAAGCUGGCGGGCGUGAUUUUGGCUAUGUCAUGAUGCGUGCCUUCGCCCGCGGGCUUCAGGAAGGUUGGUUUUCAGGCCAUCCCUUCGAAGUGGUUCCAGGUGGUCUGUAUGGUGUGCAGAGCGGUCUGGAAAGAUUGAGCAAAGGCGAGGUCAGCGCAAAAAAGCUUGUCUAUCGCAUUGAAGAAACGACCGGACUCAGGGCAUCAAGCUAA